GGACUUGUUUGAGAUGAUUGAAAAAAUGCAGGGGAGUCGUCUGGAUGAACAAAGAUGUUCCCUUCCAGCUCCUCUCAAGACAGAAGAGGAGUAUAUUCCUUACCCCAGCAUCCAUGAGGUAUUACAGAAGGGAUGGCCAUAUCCUCUCAUUAUCCUACCACAGUUUGGGGGCUACUGGAUUGAAGGGACCAGCCACAACCUCUCCAGCCUGAGUCCGACUCUGUCUGAUGUACCCUUUUCCUGGAGUGGUAAAGUGAAGCUGGAAAGUGACCCUACAGCCAAGCUGUACCGUAAACAUUUUCUGGGAAAGGAGCACCAGAACUUUUACUCCAGUGACAUGUCUUUGGGCUACCUAGUACUUUCUGUGAAGUAUGAACAGAUCGAGAAACAGGAAAAUUUACGCCUAUUGCUKAGGACUCGUACUGGCACCAAACAUGAUCUAAUUCCCAUUUCCUGUCUGAAUGAGUUUCCCAAUGCUGUUCAGAUGGCAAAGCUACUGUGUGAGGAUGUGAAUGUUGAACGCUUCUUUCCUGUUCUCUAUCCCAAGGCUUCGCAGCUUAUUGUUGCAUUUGAUGAACAUGUCAUAAGCAAUAACUUCAAAUUUGGUGUCAUCUACCAGAAACCUGGGCAGACAACUGAAGAAGAAGUCUUCAGUAACACAGUAGAGAGUCAGGGUUUCCUGGAGUUCCUGGAUUUCCUCGGUGACAAGAUUCAACUGCAGGAUUUUCGUGGGUUCCGGGGAGGAUUGGAUGUUACCAGAGGUCAAACAGGCACCGAGUCAGUCUACACAAAUUUCCGGGGGAAGGAGAUCAUGUUUCAUGUGUCCACAAAGCUGCCCUUCACAGAGGGAGAUUCCCAGCAGCUUCAGCGGAAGCGUCACAUUGGGAAUGACAUUGUAGCCAUCAUUUUCCAGGAUGAAAGCACACCCUUUGUCCCUGAUAUGAUUGCUUCGAAUUUCCUACAUGCUUAUGUGGUAGUUCAGCUCACUCAUAGCGCCUCUGGGGACACUCUCUACAAGGUUUCAGUCACAGCCCGCGACGAUGUCCCCUUCUUUGGACCUCCUCUGCCAAAUCCAGCCAUAUUUAAAAAGAGUGCAGAGUUUCGUGAAUUCCUUCUGGUCAAACUCAUCAAUGCUGAGUAUAGCUGCUAUCGAGCUGAGAAGUUUGCUAAAUUAGAGGAAAGAACACGGAGUGCCCUCUUGGAGAGCCUUUUUGAGGAGCUGCAGCUUCGCAGCCGCAGCAUGAUGGGAUUACCUGUAGGGGAGGAUGACAAGAUAGAGAAUGGCAGUGGGGGCUUUCUCGAAAAUUUCAAGCGGGUGAUCAGAGGCCGCAGCCAGAGCCUGGAUACCAUGGGGAUAUCCAUGAGAAAGCAGCAGCCAGCCACCCUGCCCAGCCGCCCAGCUACAGCUGGCCUUGCCCUCAGCCAGAGUGUCGCCGAGGGCCCUAAGGCCAUUGCUGCGUCUUUUGCCUUGCCUGGUAGGAGCCCAUCACGUACUCGAGCCAGCCGCUUCCAUGGGCGACGGAGUAGUGCCAUUGGCAUUGAAAACAUACAGGAGGAAAAGAGCAGAGAUGCUGCAGAGAGAAUACAGAGGGUGUUGGACAGUCCAGGAACUUUCUUUGACCUGAAGUCUGAUGGAUCAUCCAGUCCCAGCUCUCCAGAGUUCCCCAGCAGGAAGAGCAAACACAUCUGAGUGGGGACAUCAAGCCAAUCAGGAGUGGACCGGAUGCUACUCAGUCACUGGGUACUUCACUGAAGAUACUGGCAAGCCUUUUGGGGUGAAAUCAGAGUCCUGGCUAAGAGGAGCAUGAACGUACUUAUAGAGGACCUCAAGGACUGUGGAGAGACCGAGUGGCACCAAGUAACGCUCCACUGGCAGUUCCUGGAGCAGGAAUUCUGUGAGAGGGAGAUGGACAGAUAGCUCCUGUUGGAGCAUUUUGGCUCUAUGCCCUUCUCAUUGCCCCAUCAGCAGCCACUGAACCAACCUCUAUUAGUGAUGGGGAGUGGAGGCCACCUUGAGUACAACUCCUUCUCUUCCCUUCCUCUCCCCUCAGAUGAGUGAGAAUUGUUUGGCUUGCAGAAGGCAAGAGCAGAAGAAUACAAUUCCACCUUUUUCUCUAGUGCCUUGACACAGGUCAAGAAAUGCAAUGCAGAGAACGAGGAUGGAGAGACCUGCUGAGGAAGGGUGCUGAGAAGGAGAUGGGUUGUGGAGAUCUAGAUCCCAGUUCACUUAGAUUCAUGUUAUUGAUUUGCUCUGCUAAGGGAGAAGCAUGUUGGCCUUCAUUUCCUCCAGAAUAUAUUUCCUAAUCUCUUGAGGAAAUAUCUUUGGCCUAUAUUGGCCCUGUCUUUACUGUUCUCCCUGUUGCAUGCUGGCAUGUAAUAUGCCUGGGACUUUAGGUUUCAUUACUGCUUGUAGGUCAAGACUGGCCACAUUUUGCAGUAUUUCUGAAGGAAUAAAUAUAUUUAGUAUGUUAAAGGUGUCUUAUCUUUCUUGCCUCUCUUAACUUUUUUUUUGUUCCUUAACAUUCUUAAGCACUUAAUCUUUCUCUUCCUAGCUGGUCUCUUAUGCAGACAGUGAAUAUUUCACCAUAAAUUUGAGGCUUACUUGCACAGUGCACCUUCUACCAUGUGAGCAUGUCAGCCUCAUGGACUGCUGUAUCUCCUGGAUGACUGCGAGCAAUGGAACCUAAAUUCUCAGUUGUGAAGAGCUGACCUUAAGGGUAUUUUUUGAUAGAUCUGAAGCAUGCACCAUGGUACCUCAGUGUGUGUUCCAUUUGAGAGAGUGGUAGUAAAGUAGUCCAAUACAGUUUGCUUUGAAUGUCCCAUUUGAAUGGCCUUCUGGGAACUAAAUUUUAGUGGGACAGACCUACAAGAAGCCAUACUAUUGGCAACUGGGCACAUGGAAAAUCACCAGGAUGGGAAUCCUGACCUAGGUGUGUUCCUGUCUGUAAGCAGGCGGAAAGCUCUGACAUGCCUGUGCAAGAGCUUGACUUUUGAUCCUAAAUAGUUUGCCACUGAGACAUCCUGCAAUAAUGCAGAUCUCAGUAAUAUGUUUCUACCUCUCCAUUGCUUCCUUAAAGUUUCAUAGUUAACUGUUCUGUAAUGCUGGUUAAUGUUUGUAUGCUUUCCUGCCUCCYCCUGUUACGCCUGUCCAGAAAAACAGCGUUAACAAUUUAUAAGCUCUAUGACAUGAAAAGUGUGCUUUUUAUAGUCCCUUUGUUCUGUCUGGAAUUUCACAUAAGCCUGAGAGUGGCUGUGGAAAUGUGUGUCCUAGACUGGGUUGCACCUGCCCUUUAUACUCAGUUUAACAGCUUUUCAUACUUUAUUUAGGCUCCUGAAAUCUCUGAUCUCCAAAAUAAGGCGUCUGUUGAUUUUAAGGAGUGUCUAGAUGUAUUUAGUACAUAAAUGCAGGUGGUUGACUCCACUUGAUUACACUAAGGUCUGUGACUUAAAAUUUAAUUUAGACUUGUCCUUCCAUACAGUUAUCCAGAAUGGAGACAGAGAAGUGGUGUUUCUCCUAAAUGAUGUAGCAACUAGAAAUUAAGGUAUGCAUGCCAGUUCACCUGAAUUCUGUUCCUAGGUGGAAAAACUACCUGUGGAUGAAUAGUUUAUUUUUACAGUUUCUGACGGCUGUAUAAUAAAGCUGUGCCUCAAAAAGCUAAGCCUGUGUAUAACAAUAAGCUUGAUGAUGUUGAAUGCUUGCAU